AUGGUCAAGAGCACGUCGCUGACCAAGCAGGAGCUGACGGACGUGCUCAAGAGCGCCAAGACCAGCAAGGAGCGGAACCGCGCGGUCAAGCUCCUGAAGCAAUUCGACCCCAUCCCACGCUAUGAGAUGGACGACGAGGGGCAGAAGACGAAGAUGCAGCCCAAGAAGUACGACUACCUGCUGGGAUACAUGUGCUGGCGCUGCGACAAGGUGAAGCAGUCCAACUACAAGGUCUUCUGGAACACCUCCAGGGGCGCCAAGGUCAUCUGCCACGGCUGCUACAACCAGCUCACCGAGCGGGAGGAGAUCGUGCAGAUGCGCACGGCGAACCAGAAGGCCGGCAUCAUCCCGAAGGGCUUCGGCCUUGGCCUCACUGGUGUGGGCGACAGCUGA